AACUUCAUUGGCUUCGUCGUCGCACUCUCCGAAUCUAUUCGCGGUCACAAGAUCUCCGACCCCUGCCCCGAGUCCCACACCCUAACCGCCAUCGUCUCCAUUUUAGAAACCCUAACCCAAUGGGUCGAUGAGAUCCCUCCCGUUCAGCAGUCCGCAAGAUACGGCAACAUCGCCUACAGAACCUGGCACCAGAAGAUGUCCGAUUCCGCCGAAUCCCUUAUGCUCCGAUUCCUCCCGGAGAAUCUCAAAUCGGCGACGAUCGAGAUCGUGCCCUAUUUCACUGACAGCUUCGGGAACUCGAGCCGAAUCGACUAUGGAACUGGCCAUGAGACGAAUUUCGCGGCUUGGCUGUAUUGCCUGGCCAGAUUAGGGUUAAUAAGUGAAGAGGAUUACCAGGCUGUGAUUUCUAGGGUAUUUGUGAAGUACCUUGAGUUGAUGAGGAAGCUUCAAUUGGUGUAUUGCCUGGAACCAGCUGGAUCACAUGGUGUGUGGGGUCUUGAUGAUUAUCACUUUUUGCCAUUCAUAUUUGGUUCUUCUCAGUUGAUUGAUCACAGGUACAUGAAGCCGAAAUCGAUUCACAAUCAGGACAUACUGGAGAACUUCUCCAAUGAAUACCUAUACCUCGGUUGCAUUGCCUUCGUGAAGAAGGUGAAGAAGGGUCUCUUCGCGGAGCACUCCCCCAUGCUGGAUGAUAUCAGCGUGGUGCCCAAUUGGAACAAGGUCAACAGUGGUUUGCUCAAGAUGUACAAGGCUGAGGUCUUGGAGAAGGUUCCCAUCAUGCAGCAUUUCCUCUUUGGAUCACUCAUUAAGUGGGAGUAAUUCAUGGGUUCUCUCUCUUCCAACGGCUUGUGCUUGGAUUCAGCUUGGCUGUGAGACCAAGAUAUAAUCCAGUUUGAUCAUAUCACUGGUGUAGGAAGUCAUUACGGGGAAUCAUAUCUCACAGCAGUUUAGUUCAUUGAUCUUUUUUUUUUGUUUCGGUGUUGAAGUGCUGGUUCACUGUUGACUGUUAUUCUGGAUGCACGCAUUAGUGAAAGUAAAUAAUGGGUAGUUUUUAUUCAUCUAAUAUAGAGAUAUAUAGUAUAUGAGGAGAAUGUUUGCCCACAUCACGUUUAAUGAUUCUGUGCAUGCAAGUUUCUAUAUGAUCUAGACAUCGCAUGCUUGCUGAUGGUUUGGAGUCCUAAUUUUGUAGGAUUGAAUUUCAUGUAUAAACAAGUUUAACAGCUUAAACAAAAUAUAUAAUCAAUUUUCUUUAUUCCAAA